AUGUCAGGUAUUUCGAAACUCUCUGCUUUCUUCAACAAUUGUGUUUCGUAUCUCCCAUCACUUGGUGAGGCGCUAACUACUACUUUCAGUAACGGUUGUUCCUUGAUAUAUUCUGCCGAAAUCACCUUGAAAAGGAAUGCUUCAAUUGAGAUUGUCAAAAAAAAAAAAACUAUCUUUACUGAACUACCUCCCGUAAUGAUCAGUCGGAGCUUUGGGAAAACCAUGGCAAUUUGGAUAGGUGAACAUACUCGGCCAAUCUUCAGCCAUUAUCGAUGCAUAGGUCUACCUACCUUACAGAACCGUGGGUGCUCUGAAUUGUUUUUGCCGGGAAAACGAUUCGCAUCUAAAUCAAUGGUGCGAGUUCCUGAAAUAAAAUAG